CGGAAGUGGUUCGUUCCCUCAGCGUCGCUUCCGGUGCCGCCGCCGCCGCCGCCCCUGCGCGGGAUGUAGCGGCCGCGCGGCGGCACACGGACGCGGAGGGGACCUGCACCGGCAGCCGCGGCGUCGCCCCAGCCCUCGACCACCAGGACCACCUGCCACCCCGAUGGCGUCCCGCAAAGCUGCCGCCGCCGGGCAGGGCAACGGGCUGGCUGCCGCCAGCCGGGAGCGAGCCCACCUGGAGCUGGCCGAGCUGGGGCCGCUGCUGGAGGAGAAGGGGGACCAGGGAGCCGCCGGCUCGGCCGGUGCUGAAGACCCGCCAUGCCCAGCGACCCGUGAGGAAGAGGAGGAGGUGGUCCGUGUGCUGACUCUGCCCCUGCAGGCUCACCACGCAAUGGAGAAGAUGGAAGAGUUUGUGUAUAAGGUGUGGGAAGGGCGCUGGCGUGUGAUCCCCUACGACGUGCUGCCUGACUGGCUGAAGGAUAACGAUUACCUCCUGCACGGACACAGACCUCCGAUGCCGUCCUUCCGAGCCUGCUUCAAGAGCAUCUUCCGAAUACACACCGAGACGGGAAACAUCUGGACGCACUUGCUAGGUUUUGUGUUGUUCCUCUGCCUGGGGAUCCUGACCAUGCUGCGGCCCAACAUGUAUUUCAUGGCUCCUCUCCAGGAGAAGGUGGUGUUUGGGAUGUUCUUCCUCGGAGCAGUGCUGUGCCUCAGCUUCUCCUGGCUUUUCCACACUGUCUACUGUCACUCAGAAAAGGUCUCGCGGACUUUUUCAAAGCUGGAUUAUUCAGGAAUUGCACUGCUGAUCAUGGGGAGCUUCGUCCCGUGGCUCUAUUAUUCGUUCUACUGCUCCCCGCAGCCAAGACUCAUCUACCUCUCCAUCGUCUGUGUCCUGGGCAUCUCAGCAAUCAUCGUUGCUCAGUGGGACCGGUUUGCGACCCCCAAGCACAGGCAGACAAGAGCAGGCGUCUUUCUGGGCCUGGGGCUGAGUGGCGUCGUGCCCACGAUGCACUUCACCAUUGCCGAAGGGUUUGUGAAAGCCACCACCGUUGGCCAGAUGGGCUGGUUCUUCCUCAUGGCCGUGAUGUACAUCACGGGAGCGGGGCUGUACGCUGCCCGCAUACCCGAGCGCUUCUUCCCGGGCAAGUUUGACAUCUGGUUCCAGUCGCAUCAGAUCUUCCACGUCCUCGUGGUGGCUGCGGCCUUUGUCCACUUCUAUGGUGUCUCAAACUUGCAGGAGUUUCGUUAUGGACUCGAAGGGGGGUGCACAGAUGACUCUCUCCUCUGAGAAUGGCUGGUGAUUUUAGUACAAGCUUCCUAAGUGCUUUUUAAACUCUCUUUGCUUAAGAAAAAAAAAAAGAAAAAAAAAAAAAAAGAAAAUCAAAGGAAGACUCAAAAUUGCUUGAGUUUUUUUCUUUUUUUAAAAAAAAAAGAAAAGAGAGAGGAAAAAGAAUCAGAAAAAUUCUUAGUGAAGUUCCUGUCGACCAAAUCCUCACCCCCUUUCCCAUGCACUUUGUUGGGGCUGAGGGGAGGCAACAGAGGCCCCGGCAGCCAGCCCUGCCGCGUGCUCUAAGGCCUCGCCUCCUCCAGACAGUGUUUGAGCUGCACCGGGCUUGUCCGACCUUUCCAGGCAUGCUGAUUUCUGAAAGCAAAGGGCACGGAUACUCCGCUGCCGGCACAGCCGAGCACCCCGUUCCGUAGCUCACCGCCAGGGCGAGCGGCGUCACGCACUACCAGGCCGAGGGCCAGAGAUUUUGCAUAUCCCUUUGCAGCAGAGCUGCCUCACUGGGGGCAGCCCCCCGUGCUGCUGCCCAGGGGCACGGACACAGAUUCAUGUAACUUAAGUUUUAAUUGUCUUUUUUUUUUCUUUCCUUGACAAAGUAAUGUAAACAUAAAUGAGAGAGUAUUUAAUAUUUAAUACUAAGCUUUAAAAAAGACUUGCUGCCACCGCAGUGUACUUGGCUCCCCUGCUGUCUGUGGUAGUAAAGGAAGGACAGUGUUUUAGGAGAAUGUAGAGCUGCUGUAGCUGAUUGAAAUAAAAAGGUCAAUAGUUACUGUCGUG